AUGGUCCAAGAUCCAAAAACUAGCCCCAAAAUGGAGGAUCUGGCGAGUAUCAGUGAGGUGCCAGCUGCCACCUCUAGAGAUACCACGAAAAAGACCGAAUCCAACACCCAGACCAAUGCCAACAUCCCUCCUUCCAAAACCGAUAAGCCCCGUCCUCAUGUCUGCACAACCUGCAGUCGGUCCUUUGCCCGGCUGGAACACUUGAAGCGCCAUGAACGGUCGCAUACCAAAGAGAAGCCCUUUGAAUGCCCCGACUGUGCGCGCUGCUUCGCUCGUCGUGAUCUUCUCCUUCGCCAUCAGCAGAAACUACACAUGACCUCAACCCCAUCUUCGCGGCCCCGGAACGGCCGCAGAGAGAGCACCGGUGCUGCUGGGGUUGCCACCGGCGCUGCGUCUGGCGCCAAUCGCGUACGGAAGAAUUCCAUUGCAAGCAACCCUAGUAACGUCCGUCCCAGAGCCAACACCAUCAGCCACAUCGACCAGGCUGCACUUGGGAUUGUUGGCACCACUGCUCCCUCCCCUGUAGCGCCGCAUCAUCCGGGUCAUGCCUAUCACCCGAGUCUUAGCUCGACUUCUCUAGGCUCCCCAUUGGAUUAUCGCCCGUUUAACACGGGUCAGACCCACCCUCCUCCCCAUAUCAAUGGACUAACCAAACUGGAAACGUCGGGGCUGCCAAUGGACUUUUCUGGUGGGUUGCGGACUGCCCCCGUCUACGGUAGCUUUGACGCGAACUUCAGCGACAUGCUGAUGGGCCAUGGGAGUACAAUCAACCCAGCGCAGCUGCACUUUGGCGGCUCACCACAGGGCUUCGACGAGUCUCCAUCUCCUUUUACGCAGGCCGCGCACCACAUGCAGCACCCUACUGAUCCCAUGAUGGACGAUGAGUUCAGUUUUGAUUGGAUGAUGAACGGCGUCGAUCCAUCGCUACCUAUGGGCAACAACGGUGCCGAUUCUGCGGUCGACGAGUCCUCUCCAUCGGCCAUGAGCACGGGAAGCCAGAGCGGAAUCAGUGAAGCCAUGAUGGACGGCCCGCAUCGCCUAUCUCUCUCGUCCUCCGCCUGGCACAACCCCUUCCCGCACGCCUCUGCGCCCGCCGCGAAUCCGUUCGCGUUUGAAUACCCUGCCUUGAACGAUCUCGGGAUCCCGCCUGAGACUGUCUCCCCCAAGUCCCUGAUGGCGCAGAAUAAUCCCUUUGCUGAAACGUAUGCCACCCCUCCGUCCAUGACCUCGGUGGGUCAGCCUAUGCUGGGAGGACAUUCGCAGAGUAUGUUUCCAUCCUCUAUGGCAACAAGCGGAGAAUCUCCUAAUCCUUUCCACCUUCCUUUCGCGAAUAGUGCCCUACGAAGCAACCGUUCCUCAACCUCCACCGAUACCUUUACAGACUCCACUCGACAGGCUUUAUUAGCAAGCAUGGCCCGACCGUCCGCUCUCCAUCACCGCAAGUACUCCCAGCCCAUCCUCCCGAGCCGCGAUCCAUCGUCCCGAUCCAUGUCCGGCUUCAACAGCACCGGACAAUUACCCAGCACCCCUGAUAUGCAACGUUAUAUCUCGUCCUACAUCACUUAUUUCCACCCCCACGCCCCGUUCCUGCACAUCCCGACUCUGAACUUCCAGGCUCCCGAAUAUACCAACAGCUUGUGCACCCCGAGUGGCCAUCUAAAUCUGAGUUCCACCGGCGUGGCCGGUGGCGGCGGUUGUCUAAUCCUUUCCAUGGCCGCUAUUGGUGCUCUGUAUGAGUUUGAUACGGCCGCCUCCAAGGAUCUCUUUGAAGCCGCCAAAAAGAUGAUCCAGCUUUAUCUCGAAGAACGCCGCAAAGCAGACAUGUCCGCUGCCUUGAAUCGCUCUCACCCUGCUAGAGAAAACUCAGUACACAAUACUCCUCUCUGGUUGGUGCAGGCCAUGCUUCUCAAUGUCUGGUACGGCCACACCUGUGGUGACAAGACGUCUGCGGAUAUCGCUAGCACACACUGCGCGGCGUUGGUUAGCCUUGCUCGAGCGGCGGAGUUAACCCACCAUUUAGAACCUCAACAGCUGCCGAAAGACUACCUGACUCCGGGUCGGAAUGGAGAGACAGAGGGCUCUGGAGCGUCAUCUAGCCCACCCAGAGAGCGCAAAGAGUGGCUGGAUUGGAAGAUCGUCGAGGAACGCAAGCGAACUCUCUAUACCAUCUUUGUGCUCUCCAGUUUUGUCGUCUCUGCCUACAACCAUGCGCCUGCACUUACAAACUCUGAGAUUCAACUCAGCCUCCCAUGUGAGGAGAACGUGUGGUCGGCGGAGUCCCCGCAAGCAUGGAAGCAGCUAGGCGGACCCCAGGCGGCGAAGAAGCAUUUACCUUUCUCGACUGCGCUGACUUCGCUUCUGACGGCUAGCCAACGGGAACAAUCUGGGUCACUUGCCAAUCCUCUGGCAGAUGAUGUAAAACCUAGCACGUUUGGUUGCCUCGUCUUGAUCUAUGCCCUACACAACUAUAUCUGGGAAACUCGCCAGCGUCAUCUCGGUCGGCAGUGGACGAUUCGAGAGACCGAUGCUAUGCAAGCUCAUAUUGAGCCUGCUUUGCGCGCUUGGCAAUCUUCCUGGGCCAGCAAUCCUAUUCACAGUUUGGAACGACCCAAUCCGUAUGGAGCUGGUCCUCUUUCUGCGGAUAGCAUUCCUCUGUUGGAUCUGGCUUAUGUGCGGUUGUUUGUCAAUUUGGGACGGUGCAAGGAGGCUUUCUGGCACCGUGAUUGGAAUACCAUCUCCGACGAGCUGGCUCGCGGGACGGCCAUCUUUAACCACGUGGACGAGAUCACCCCAGAUGUGCUUGAUCCUUCGAUCACCAAUAGUGAAAGUUUGGGCUCGGUGCAUCAGAGACGUGACUCCAUCGCGGAUCUUGGGGUAGGCGAUCUUUCCAUUUCCACCACUCCCACGCAGGAGACACCCAUGCAAACAUUGGCGGGUGUAUAUCGUCCGGGCCAAUCCAAGCGCGAGAAGCUUCUUCGGAAGGCUGCAUUUUACGCAGCUGAUUCGAUCUCCAUGUCUAACCGCUUGGGUAAUACAUAUGCUGAGUUUACCUCGCGAGAUCUACCGAUCCAAUGCGCGAUGUGUCUUUUCGACUGCUCGCAGGUUCUGGCUGAGUGGGUCACCACAGUUCAAGAGCGUGUUGGACCAUACAUGGGUGUUUUAGGACGCGACGAGGUGGACACAACUCAAGUGCCUGGUAUAUUGCUUCUAGAAGACGAGGACUGCAAACUGAUUGACAAGGUCAAAGAAAUACUGUCCACUGUGGAGGCCAAGAUGCAGAUCAACAUCCAGAACAGCACAACAGUGUCUGCGUUGACUGCUUUACAACGUCUUCCAAGUGUCGUGGAAGGGGGCUACGGCUCCAAAGUGCUGAUAGCGGCCUCGAGCCUUCUGGACAGGGCUGGUGUCUGGCCCGUGACAAAACUGAUGGCUCAUUCGCUGGAGGCGCAGGCUUUGCGGUUGAAGGAGCGUGCAGAAACGUCCUCGGUGAUGGGAAGCAGCUAA